AUGAGCGAACCAGUCAGGAAUGAGAUUAGAUUAGUUAUACUGGUUUGGUCACCACACAAUUCAGCUGAACACUUUGAGAUUGAUAAACCAAGAUUUUUCAGCAUAGUUGUUCUUUACCUUCCAUUUGUUUACUCUGUUUCAGCAAUCAGCUUAGAAUGUUUCGAAAAGGCGCGAUCAGGCAAGCCGUUGCUCCCACUGACGGGAGUUCAAUGGGGUAAAUGUGCAGCAUUUCAACGUUGUAGACGAGUUGUUCAACCCGAUGUUGGUGCUGAUGGAAAAAAGCAAACUUCCAUAUUGAACACUAAUGGACGCGGAUGCGUCGGAUUACCUGAAGGAUUUGCCUUGCUCUAUUGCGAAACGGACAGCGCGUUCAGAGAUCGGUCGUCCUUAGCACGGUUGAAUUACUUGCGACCAUGGAUCACGCCACGAUACAAGCCCACUUGGCCGCCCAGAGAUGAAGAAGCACAAGAAAGACAGCAACAACACCGCCAACAGCAGCGACAAUUUGUGAAUGGAAAACCUCAUCCAACUAGUGUGGUUGUUUUGCCGCCACUGGAAGUACAGGAGACAACGGAUUCAAAAGUGACGUGUGAAGAAUCGAGACGCAACUCAGAAAUGCCAGACAAUAAGUCUCUUAAGCAAAGCGCACCUGUAAUAAAACGAAAUAGGGCGUAUUGCCUAUCUGAAAGGAGCUUGCGAAGAAAUGACCUUAAAAUGACCAUUGAUACUUUUAAAAAGGAGACCAGAAAGCUUCCAAUGACCACGACGUGGGACUCAAGGGAAUCGAACGAAAUUCCUGUGAGUACCCCGGGGGCACAAUUCGUGAAAAUCCCAUCUAGCCAUGAACAAAUAGAAGAUAAAAUGGAGGGAGAAUCUUACUCUGAAACUGCGCAGUUUUCGACUCCCGAAACAAUCAGUAAUUUAAACUGUGAACUGUGCAUCCCAAAGGCUAAGAACGGUUGCACCAGAAACGUCGAUGCCGUUUCGCAGGUCAAAACUAACGGUCGCACACAGCUGCCGAUGGCAACAGUACAGCUUUUUAGCACAGAUGGCGAACAGGACGAGGAUUUAGCUCGGUCACAGGCGUUAAUCAAGCGGCAACUAACUUCUGGUUCCAAGCCAUCUGUGACCUCAGUAACAAUCUUAAAACGAAUGCAGGGAAAAAACAAGCAAAUGGUAACUACAGACCGUGGUUCGUAACUGAACGCUUAAGCUUCUCAUUCCAAAGAUCACUUGUCUAUUGAAUGUAAUCAGUAACCGACUAGUUCUCUGGAUGUACAAACUUGUUUGCAAACACUUUUCUUGCUAAGAACGGAAGAUAAAAAUUUUCUAGUACCCUUGGUAUACCAUUCCUGGUUUG